AUGAAUAAAACUUGUGAAUUCAAUAAAAAUGAUAAAAAAAUAUAUUUUAGGAGAAACAGUAGAGAAUUUAAUGGAUCAAAUGAAUCAACAGAGACAUGUUUUCAAGAAGAAUUGUGUAAUGAUGAUGGCACCGUAAUCAUUAAUGUAGAAAUUGAAAAAAAGGAUGGAGAUACGAACUAUUUAAGUGAAAACAAUUUAAAAGAAUUAAAGGAUAUAAGUGGUGAAUCACAAUGUACAAAUGAAGAAUUUAUAUAUAAUUGUUUUUGUAAUAUUAAUAAAUUGAGCAUAAAAUGUGUUCUUCGUUUUUUUGCCGAUUGCUUUUCAUUUAUAUGUGCAGUAUGCAUAUGGGGGAUUUUAGAUGAUAUUUUUAUUUUAAUGGCAAAAGAUAAUAUUCAUGCUAAACUUUAUUAUUAUUUAAUUUUUACUGUUAUUUUUGCAACUAUAACAUGUUCAUUUAAUUUUUAUUUUUCAAAAUGUGCAAGUAAAAAUAAUUUUAUAUAUGAUGAUGUUGAAAGCAAAGUAUAA